AUGGCUACUACGAAUUCCAAGUUGAGAGCAGCGAUUUUGGUCGUCUCCGAGACGGCCUCGCAAGACCCUACAACCGAUAAAUGCAUACCGACUUUGAAACAAGUCUUCGGCGAUCUCGGGAACAACCAAUGGGACGUUAGCGAGACGGAAAUCAUACCUGACAAUGCUCUUACAAUCCAGAAGGCUAUCAAGACUUGGACUGAUGGACCAGAGCCUGUAAACUUGGUUGUUACAAGUGGGGGAACUGGGUUUGCCACUAAAGAUGUCACACCGGAGGCAGUUACACCAUUGAUUGACAGACAUGCUCCAGGUCUUAUCCAUGGCAUGCUUACGACCUCGUACGCAGUCACACCUUUUGCCCUGAUGGCACGGCCUGUUGCUGGAGUUCGAAAACAAACUUUGAUUCUGACCUUGCCUGGAUCGCCAAAAGGUGCCAAAGAGAAUCUAGAAGCGGUGCUCAAGUUGCUACCACAUGCAUGCCUUCAAGCAGCUGGUGCAGAGUCACGACCGCUCCACGCUGGUGGUGUGAAGAAACUUGAGAAAGAUGCAGGCGUCUCAUCAGGGAGCGCUCCUACUGCUGGUGGAUGUGGACAUCAUCAUCACGGACAUGGCGGUCAUGUAGGGCCAAAGGCUCAUACAAAGCCAGAAGAGCGUCCGCAGUCAAAUGAUCCUUCAUCAGGACCAACAAAGAGAUACCGGUCCUCGCCAUAUCCCAUGCUGGCUGUCGACGAGGCCCUGAAACUUAUUGCAGAGAAGACACCAGCUCCUAUCGUAGAGAAAGUCCCUGUAAACAUGAAGAUAGGCGGCUCCGUUCUUGCCGAGGACAUCAAGGCGACUGAAUCUGUUCCGGCUUUCCGAGCCAGUAUUGUCGAUGGCUACGCUGUCAAAAUUCCGUCUUCAGGCAAGUUCGAGAAGGGCGUGUACCCAGUCUCGAUCAUCUCACAUGCCCAGCCUGGCGAGGUGCAAGAACUCAAAGAGGGAGAGAUUGCGAGAAUCACUACAGGCGCGCCACUUCCGCCUGGUGCUGAUGCUGUCAUUAUGGUGGAAGAUACCGCACUCAAGACGUUGACGGAUGACGGCCAAGAGGAAAAGGAAAUUGAAAUUCUCACAGAUGAGAUUAAAGCUGGUGAGAACGUACGCGAGGUGGGUAGCGAUGUGAAAGAAGGUGAGACCAUUAUGAAAAAGGGAGAGGGCGUCACAGUUGUAGGUGGGGAAUUUGGACUCCUUGCCUCUGUUGGUACACGGGAAGUAUCAGUGUACAGAAGGCCAGUUGUUGGUGUUUUAAGCACGGGAGACGAAAUCAUCCCACACGACAGGGAAGGCCCACUCCGACUAGGAGAAGUCCGUGAUACGAACCGCCCUACACUGAUUACUGCCGCCCGUAGCCACAGAUUUGAGGUCAUCGAUCUUGGCAUUGUCUCUGACAAACCAGGUACACUGGAGCAGACCCUUCGUGAUGCGAUGCGCAAAUGCGAUGUAAUCAUUACCUCAGGCGGCGUCUCCAUGGGCGAACUCGACCUACUCAAACCCACCAUUGAGCGCACUCUCGGCGGUACUAUUCAUUUUGGUCGCGUAAACAUGAAACCCGGUAAACCAACCACCUUUGCGACAGUCCCUGUAAAAGAUAACGCCGGCAACACCGUCAACAAAACCAUCUUUUCUUUGCCUGGUAACCCUGCUUCAGCAGUCGUCUGUUUCCAUCUUUUCGUACUGCCAGCGCUGCACCAACAAGCGGGCAUCAAGCCUGCGGGACUACCGCGCAUCAAAGUAGUGCUGGAAGAGGAUGUCAAAAUGGAUAGAGGAAGGCCUGAGUAUCAUCGUGCGCUAGUGGUGACCAAGGAAGAUGGGCUUUUGUAUGCGAGUUCCACGGGAGGCCAGAGGAGCAGUCGUAUUGGCAGUUUCAAGGGCGCAAACGCUUUGUUGUGUAUGCCAAAGGGGGAAGGGAGCCUGGCCAAGGGAGAGAGAGUGGAUGCGCUGCUCAUGGGUAAGUUGGGGGAGGUGGAGCGUUGA